UGGCACUUACGCCAAGCUUUAGUGACAGCGCGCGGCUGCUAUACGGAUGUUGAAUAAACUGAGCAUUCUGGUUCCUACUGCCCUUGGGUUAGAUCGGGAGGGUUGCUCGAAAGCAGAUAUUGAACUUAGCCCGCUAUUUUGCGUCCUUUUGUCGAUGUGUCACACAUAUGUGCAAAACGUGCCGUUUGCUAUCGUACUUUUACGUGGCAGCCUUACUGCAAACUAUUUUUAACUAAACGGUAAACGGGAUUUAAUCCAGUGUAGACUACACGCCUUAUUCACCUGCUCAUAUAAGCAAAAUGAUAAAAUACAAACGUAAUGAUACGUAAUUUGCUAAUGUGUACGAGUGCAAAAGCUGAAUUGAAGGUUUAUUAAUUAUAACUCUCAUAAGUAACUAAAGCGAGAAACGGCAAGACUGCACGAUAUGUUCAUCAGCCACCUUUAAACUUUGCAAAUUACAGUUUUAAAUCAUAGAGUUGCUUAAACCCAUGAGCCGAACUGAAUUUUUGUAGCACAUAUGGCCUUACUCUAAUCUUAAUAGCAGUGAUAAUGAGCCUGAGUAUCUGCUUUUGCCAUCAUUGUCAAAAUGCACUCACAUGCUAUAAUGGUUGUUUAUAUGAUGAACCAAAAGGGAAAGAACUGGAGCAUCGUAUCAAGUGUUGGGUGAAUCACCUAGACAAGCUUUCUAGUGAAGAACUUGGCAAGGUGCCCUUUGGACUAAUCAAGAGUGAUUGGCCUUCCAGCCUUCAGUCUUUUGUAUCUCGUGCUAUGGAACUGGGAGAAGCUCGCUUUCUGGAGCCACCUUCUGAGCUGGUUGCAAAGAAGACAGUGCUGGCCCCUGCUUGGCGUCAAGGCCUGACACCCAAGAAGCAGUUGGAGCUGGAGUGGCUUGCCACUCUGGUGGCAGACACUUGCAUUGCAGCGCAAUGCGGAAGGGUCUUAGAUGUUGGUGCUGGUUUGGGCCACUUGGCAAGGGUGCUGCACCACAGGUACGGGUUCACGGUCCUUGGCAUCGACUGUGACGCUUCAUACUCCCUCAAGGCCCAAGAGCACCUACGACAUUUUGACUGCGCUGAGAAUGUUCACUACAUCACGCUCCAAGUGGAUGACAGCGCAGCCACAGUGGAGAAGCUGCGCCACCUCCUAAGAAACUGCCCAGACCAUUCCCCCUGUGCCUGUGGUGAAGAGUACAAGUUUGUCAAGGAGCUCACCACAAAGAAUCGUUAUGUCCUGGUGUCACUGCAUGGCUGCGGCCAACUGAGUCCUGGCUUGAUGCGGCUGUUUCAUGCGCUGCCAGAGCUUGAAGCCUUGGUGUGCAUUGGAUGUUGCUACCACAAGGCUACCCAACUGCACAACUACUUUCCUCUGAGCCGUGAGCUGACCAGCUUGGGUGACCGGUGGCUUAGCCCUGGCAUUCAAUACCAGGGGCUACGCCUAGCUUGUCAGGAACUGCGGGACAGCUGGCAACCUGACCGGGAACCAUGUCACCUACUCUUCAGGGCCCUACUGGAAGUUGCAUGCCAAAAGUAUGGUCUUCCAUGGAAGAAGUCACGCCGUCACAUGGCCAGGCAUUCGCAAAUGUCUUCCUGGGAUGCUUAUCGAGAGCAUGUCAUGCAAGAUGUCCACUGCCAAACAAGUGAAGAACGUGACAUGUGGUGCGGCAUCCUCAACCAACUGCACGCCAGACACCAGCACCAGCUUUCAGCAGUCCGUACGCUCACGGUAGGUUUUAUGUUGUGCACAAGAAUCAGCACAACUAAAUUUCCAUGCAGGAUGUUGUGUUUUGGUACAUCAUUGUUAUUCCAACUAUAGCCAAAGGUGCUGCAUGUACUAAAUUCUAGUAUGCCUUAGAUUGUAAACUGCAACUGGAAUUUUUAAUCUAUAAUAGCUUGUCCCGUACAGUAAGAGUUUUCUUCAUACUUGAAGCUAACGCACGUGUCAUUUUCUUGUAAAUUUUCACAUAAGAAAGUGUGCAUAGAAUUGCAUAAAUAUUGUAUGUAUGCUGUCCCAUGCACAUGACAGAGUUGUACUGGUGACAGUUGCAGGCACACUGGCAAGAGAUAAGUGCCGUCUUUGAGAGAGGAAUGAAAAUAAUGACAGCUGCAUUAAGUGCCAGUUUGUGGUGCAAUCAUUUUGCAAGGAAAAGAAAAAGGAACACACUUUCCGAUUGGAAAAGUGGGAGGUGAAUUCGUUAUGUGAGUAAAUACAGUUGAAACUCGAUUUAACAAAGUGAUGACCACAUUCGAGUUAUUUUGUUAAAUUGGGAAGCUCGUAAAAUCGAGAAAGGGAUGGUUUGGUCCCAAAGAGUGCUGGCCAGGAUGCCAUGUUUGGUGGCCACGUUACAUUUCUUGCAUUCACUUGUGACAGCGUGAAUUAUGUCUGCCCUUUCUUCGAGCAGAAUGGUUGCUUGCUGGGCUGUUGGUUCAUUGCAACUUGAGGAACAUAUGAAACACGAGGAAGGGACGAUGAUAGAGACUGAGUGACAAGAGCGACGUUCACUUCCAACUGUUUAUACUACUGUCGAUGCUAUGCAUAUGUAUACAUACGAAGCGCCAGCAGGAAAGGAAAAGAAAGGGGAGAAAGGAAUAGAACAACGGUCAGCAUGAGUGGCACAAGGUGAUAUCACCAAGCUCCUAAUCACCAACCAUCUGAAAACCAUAGCUCUUUUUUGGUCAAUGUCAGUGGUAGCAUGCUUACACACCCCUCUCCUGCACGAGCAAUCUUGACCGCUUCGAUAUCUCUCUGAUGCACUGAUCCUUGUGUCUAGAAACAAUCCCGCUUUGUUCGAACUCAGGCAUGCAUGGCUUGUUACGAUGACACGGAGACUUAUCACAUUUAUGGCAGUGUAAACUUAACUGGCCCUGAUUACCGUCCCUUAGAUUCUUGUUGUUUGUGCAUCUGCCUGUCUGUCCAAUGUGCUUGUGUCCGCAAGACGACAUGCGAUAAACACCCUCGUCGCAAGACACAAAAUGUUUUUGGUGUUAAAUCUGGCACAAUUUUUUUUUCUUUGCUGUUGCAUGGGUUUGUUUUCUUGCACAGGAAUGAAAGUUUUAACACAGCCAAAAACACAACAUCAAUGCCUACGCAUUUUCCAAUCUUUUUCAGGUUGUGGGAAGCCUGGUGGAUGUAUGGUAUAAUGACUAUUUUCUUGCCCACAAUUGAACCUGCCACAUUUUGCUUCUCAGAUUACCACACUGUUUUCAUUUUUCGCAACAGGCCCUCGGCCACGGAGACCACAAGAGGUUCUGGGUAUCCCGCGUCAGACAGCAGUCUAAUUUGAAGUGUGAGGCUUUCUGAAGCAUAUAUUCACAAGAUUUUGUGAGGGCAUUAGUAAAGCAGUACUCAAUAAUGCUAUGUUUCAUGAGCUUGAAGUGAGCAGAUACAGCGGGUAAUAAAGCUUUUUUUGCUCUUG